AUGCGGUUUUCGCAAUCAUUAUUAUUGAUCCCCGUAAGGUUCUUCCAAGUCGGCACUCCGUUUUCAUACGUGGGCUACCCGGAAGCGGACGGCAAAUGCAAAAUUGAUUUCUUCAGCUAUUCUGACGAUAAUGCGCAUCUGUUCGUUGCUGUCAGAUUUGCUUCUCAUAAUGUAGCACGCAAACUCAUUAACAGAUAUGAUGGAGAGCGAAUAUUUGGUCAUAGAGUAGAAAUCAACUGGUUUAAAGAUAUUCGAAAAGCUCGUAAAAAGGUUAUUGAAAAUAAACGUAAAUACCAGGCUUUAUUGGCUCAACCUCAUUCAGAGUGCAGACGGAGAUUCACCAGUCGUUUUCAGCCAUGGCGCAUGAAUAACAGAUGGAACUGCAAUAGGGCGUCUUACCGUCAUUUCGGCUCCCCAACUUUGCGCCAAUGCGUUUCCUCUGGAAACUCAUCAGAAUCUCGGUCUUGUUCACCACCCUUCCGUACCAGAGACAGAUCUACUUCUAAAAGAAGUUCAUCAUCAUCCAGUUCCAGUACAACUUCCAAAGAGUCCAACCAGUCCAAAAAAUUUGGCCGUCGUUCGCAAAAAGCAUACUCAACUGAUAGCCUAUCCAGCUCCACUCUUUCAAUGCGCUCGCCCACGUCUGGUCCAAAGCGGACUAUGCGAAUUCCACCAUAUCACUACGAUGAACACACGUCGGAAAAAGAGAUACUUCAAGCAGCAUUGGAUGCGUGUCCUAUUGCUUCAGAGCAAAAUUAUCGAUACUCACGCUCAGUUUCGCGUCAUUCCAAACAACAGGAGCCUGCCAUACCAACAAGGCAAAAUAGUAAGUCGGAACAUACAACGACCCCUAAGGAUACCAUACAGAGGAGAAAGAAACAUCAAAAGCGCAAAAAGCGAAGGCGCGAUAGACACUCUAGUUCAUAUCGAGGCAAACGUUCUUCAGCUUCUCCUUGUCCCGAACUUUUUGAUCAUAAGAAGACACCGGAACAAAAUUACUCUCCCCCAACAAAUGUAACAGAGAUCCAGGAUGAAGAUGUGCACGCGAUGCUGGAGGUUGAGGAGCUGUCACUUGAAGCUACUAACUCUCAAAGAAAACUGCACCAAGUAUUAUCCCCAAGAGCACCUGUUCAAUCACGUAGUUCCUCAGAAGCAGAAGCCGGAUCAUCCCGUAGUCCUGAACAGGAAUUUCCGAGCACCGCUUCAGUAGUUGCAAUUGAAAUUCCGAAGAUGGAUCAGUCUUCCACAGAGAUUACUGAAACUCCUUUAUCACCCCAUGAUCAAUCAUCAGAAAAUGAAACCAAAAAUUUUACCAUUGAUUUGGAUGUUCCAGAGGAAGGAAUCACGGAACCGGUUUCUAAGGUGGAUGUUGGAACCCAAUAUCUCUGCAGCCUUUCAGAGUCCAACGGUGAGUAA